CCUUGGAGAGAUGUACCCCUGAGGGAUCAGGGACCUUCACUUGCUUCUCGCCCUCAGCAUCACCAUGAAUGGAAAGACCAUCGCCUGCUCUAAGGGCUGCCAGGCCAUUGUUGACACCGGCACCUCUCUGCUGACCGGCCCAACCAGCGCCAUUGCCAACAUCCAGAGCGACAUCGGAGCCAGCGAGAACUCAGACGACGAGAUGGUGGUCAGCUGCUCAGCCAUCAGCAGCCUGCCCGACAUCGUCUUCACCAUCAACGGAGUCCAGUAUCCUGUGCCACCCAGUGCCUACAUCCUGCAGAGCGACGGCAGCUGCAUCAGCGGCUUCGAGGGCAUGGACGUCACCACCGAAUCUGGAGAGCUUUGGAUCCUGGGUGAUGUCUUCAUCCGCCAGUACUUUACUGUCUUCGACAGGGCAAACAACCGGGUCGGCCUGGCUCCCGUGGCUUAAGCCCAAGUCUUUCCAGCCACCUCCCAGGAAGAUCUGACCUCCGUCCUGUGCCCACUUUAGAUGUAUCUAAUUCUCCUGACUGUCCUUCCCAGGGGAGUGUGGAGGUCUUGGCCCUGUUCCCUGUCUUACCAAUAAUGUAGAAUAAAAACAUAACCUACUGAAACAG